AUGAUGCCACAAAACUCCAUUCUCUACCAAAAUGCAGAAAAAACUGUUUUCUUGAUUGAUAUCCCGACGUCUAUUGCGUCCGCACAGGAACUUUCGCCGGUGCAGUUGGGAGCCACACCGUGCAUUUCUUACCCUGCCGGGAAGAAACAUACCACAUCCACUGCCGGGAUAGAUAAUCACAAAAAACGUCUUCUCUUAUCUUCCAACUCCCUAGAGAAGCCGUACGCGGUAUCCACGGAGCCAAAAACGGAUGCUGCGAGGGCUAGACUUCUCGACAGGAUUCCGGUCUCUGAACGGGUCUUCCAGACCGAGAUCAUUGAGCCUCUGGUUCGGGGGGCAUUGCAGGAGAUUAGCGGCGGCUACUCGGAGUCUGCAGACUGGUGUCGCGUGAGAGAGAUUCGAGAGGAAGAGACGCAGCUGAAGAGGAGACGAGACGGGCCUUGGAGCGGUACGGUCUCGUGUGAGGACGGGUGCUCAGCGGAUAGUGCGCUGGGUGUAUCUGCUCCUACUAGCCCGCCGGUUAUCCUGUCUCCGGGAUUGAAUAUGUUCGGAUCCAUGCCGGAACUUUGCAACGUUGUGGUUAGGAAUACGUCUUCGACGCAAGCUUUGCUGGGUGUCGGCUGCAAGCUGGAGGCCGAGCACUGUGAGGUAAUGACGGCGCAUCGGCAUGUCUUCUUCGUGCCGCCAUUGUCUACUUUCUUGCUUUGCUCGCUGCCGCUAUCAGCGGAGGACGAGGCGAGUCAGGACCCGAUUCCGGGUCUAUCUCAGGACCGCAAAUUCAACUUGAUCCUCCUCGACCCGCCCUGGUCGAACCGCUCCGUUCGUCGCAGCGGGCAUUACCAGACACAGUCCUAUUCUGACAUAGGCUCACUGUCGAAGCGCAUAGAGGAUAUUCUGAAGAUCCAUCUGUCGCACGACCCGGUAGGGCUAGGGGACCACACGCAAGCGCCGGAGUGUGUAUCCAUCGCAGCAAUCUGGGUAACCAACGCACCAAAGGCACGCAGGGCUGCAUACGACGCCAUUAAGGGAGCAGGGUUAUCCGUGUACGAAGAAUGGGUGUGGAUCAAGACGACGACGAAGGGCGAGCCCAUCACGCCGCUGGACGGGCUAUGGCGGAAGCCGUAUGAGAUUCUUGUUAUUGGGAGGAGAAUGGAUCGGCUGUCUGAUGCGACCGAUGCUAUUACCCGGAGGGUCAUCGCGGGCGUCCCGGAUGUGCAUUCUCGAAAGCCAAAUCUCAAGGAGGCUUUUGAGCAGGUAUUCUUCACCAGGUCAGGGUCUGGCCCGACGACGGGCGAUACUUGUAUGGCGUACUCUGCGUUGGAAGUCUUUGCGCGUAAUUUGACUGCCGGUUGGUGGGCCUGUGGUAAUGAAGCUUUGAAGUUCAAUUCAGAAGACUGGUGGGUUGAAGCCUAA